AAAGGCAGUAUUUUUCAGUCGAAGGCUGACAGACCGCAACUCGCCAGAGGGUGGCGGUAACGCAACAGAGGAAAACGACACAGCUGUCCCAUUCGACACACCCGAAGAAAAGGGGAGAGGAAGCAGUCAGUCUAGUGUUCCGUGGCAACCGUAAAGACAUGGCAAACUAACUGCGACUCCACAAAAAUGUCGAUUGUCUUUGUGCCCAAGAAACUGCGAGGAAAGGCGAAAAUCAACCAAGAAACUAUACAGAGGUUGCUGGAUGAAAACGACCAGUUAGUAAGAUGCAUCACCGAGUACAUGCAGAAAGGUCGGGCAGUGGAGUGUGUACAAUACCAACAGAUCUUGCACCGCAACAUCGUCUAUCUGGCAACCAUAGCUGAUGCCAGCCCCGACAGCAUGCCCCCCUCCUCCCAUGUAAAGACAACCCACACGUCUACGUCCCGUGAAGCUUCAGCCUCCACUGUGAAUGGCCAUGGACAGACGUGAUGGCAGCUUUUGUCAGUGGAGCUGGAGUGAGGUGUCCAGCUUGUGACAGCUGUAUUGUAGAGAAUGACUUUAUAUUACAAGAAAAUCUUUUAUAUUUUCAGUACGAAAUGUUGUUUUCAGUACUAUGACCCAUAAUAAGAUCACUGGUGUUUCAGUUCAGUCUAUUAUGUGAACAAAUCUUUGAGUUCAAAAUACUUUUUGUAUCCUCUGAAAUGUACAUUAAAACGUUUUUUUUUUUU